AUGCAAAUAAGAAGUGCUGAGAUGCCACCCAAUGAAUCCUGUCCUCUCUACUCUGCAGGACCCCACGUGGGCCUGGAGCUUGUGUGUGUGGGGGGUGACCCUUUCCCCUCUUCCACCACCACCUUAAGAGGAGAUGAAACAGGGUGCACAUUCUUCAGGCUGGAUUUAGGCCUCAAAGUUCUGAAAAGGGUGAAUUUCCGGGAGGGCAAGAAAGUCUUGGGGAGGAAUUCUUCAAGCGUACAAGGUCAAACUACUCUGGAGAAUAACACAAUGGAGUAUUUGCCUAGGCUUGCGGAACAAUCUGAAUUUAUUCAAGCCAGCGAGAGUGGGGGAGGUUCAAGGGCCUCCCACACUGGAAAGUGUGCUUAA